UCGUCUGCGAUUUGUGGGGUUGACGGCGGAAACCCAAAUCACAUUUUUAGGUGAUCAAACCAGAAUUUCCCGUGUUCAAGGAAAUCUACGUCGAUUGUUUUUCUCUCUAAAAAGAGGAAAUGAAGUGAGGGUGAAGAAUAUACUUAACGUGCGCGGUGCUGGAGUGAAGGUAUCACUGAGGAGGAGCGGAGACAAUUUCUUACAAAAUCGUCCGGCGCGCGCCAUGGCGCCAGCCGGGACCCUACCGAGGACUGCUCGGACUCGCGCCCUCCGGAGAGCCCUCUUCGUGUCCGUGGCCUUUGUUCUCUGCUACGUUAUUUCAAGGACCACGCAAUCUUUAUCUUCGGAGCCCUUCAGAAGGCCCGUGUCCAUGACGCGGCAUCUUCUGCAAUCCGAAACAUCUGCCGAUGAAACAGAAGCCCAGCCGACAUCUUCCACAACCAACACCACGGAACCUGACGAAAGUGACGUCGAAAGUCCCGAAGAACCUUCGCCAACUUCUCCACCUCAGGUUACCCACUCGAAAGUAAAAGCACCAGGCAAAAAUGACACGAAAACCACAGGGACGACGAAGAAGCCUAGCGAAACGAAGCCAGACGAAUCAAAACCGAAGACACCCGAAGACGAGUCGAAGGUUGCCGAACGGACCCAUGCGGUAGUACACCCUAAAGUUAAAGAAGUAGGGCGAAAACUCAAGGAAAAGAUGCUGGAAAAACAAGGAAAGGCGUCGAAUACGACGUCCGCAACGACGGAAAAGAACACCACUGGAGCGACGACGGCUGGCAACACUGAGGCCACAACUUCUGCUAAAAAUGUGACUGAGAAAGCGGACGAAGAAUACUGCAUUCCACCAGCGUACAAGGAAUUUCCUCCGGACCUGAUGUCCCACGACACUCGCGCUCGUGGCGGCGUUUGGGUGCACAUUCUGGUCGUGCUGUACAUGUUCUACGCACUGGCUGUCGUCUGCGACGACUACUUCGUCGCUUCCUUAGAAGAGUGCUGCUCCCGCCUGAACCUGUCAAAAGAUGUUGCUGGUGCCACAUUUAUGGCGGCCGGAAGUUCAGCACCGGAACUCUUCACUGCCAUAUUAGGAGUAUUGAUUGCUAAGGGUGACGUGGGCACAGGAACCAUUGUGGGCUCGGCCGUGUUCAAUGUGCUCUUUGUCAUCGGCAUCUGCGGUAUUUUUGCAGGAAAGGAAGUUCCAGUCACGUGGUGGCCUUUAUUCCGCGACUCCAUCUUCUAUGCCUUCAGCGUCGUCGUGCUCAUACUGGUGAUCUUCGACAGCCAGGUCACCUGGUACGAGUCGCUCAUCAUGCUUCUAUUAUACGGUCUCUACAUCACUCUCAUGAAAUACAACAGCGCCAUCCAUCGGUGGAUAGCGACGACAUUUCACAUCCAAGAGAACGAUCUUCAACCAGCAAUGGGCCUCACAGCCGCGGGAUACGACAGCAAGAAUUACAGUUCCUACGUUCCGUUCAACAAUGAAAUCGACGACUUUUCGCGACAGUCUUCAGUUCCGGCGCGACCCCUGGAUGAAAUCAUACGCGACCUCCAACGACGACCGACUCUGUACGAAGCCGCCCUUCGGAUGAUGAUGACCCGUUACUUCCGGCCACGAACGCGCUUCUGGGCCGCAGCCAAACGGGUGACCCACGAGUACAAGACAAUACGACGUGGUCCGAUGCGUCAGCAGCUGCCAUCCCAGACCUCCAUAGAUCCGUCCGAUUUCGCCCGAUAUGGAAAAAGUAACAGCGUUGACAUCGCCUUAUCUUCAGAUGCCGAGUGGAAGAGGCUCCCUAGACUACACGACGGUCCGGUGUCCAUCUGCAAGUGGAUCGUACAAGCUCCGUUGCUGGCAACGCUUCACUACAGCGUACCCGACUGCCGCACGGCGGCGGGCAAGAAGCUGUUCAUCGUCAGUUUCCUCAUGUCCAUCUUCUGGACGGCAGCCUUCUCUUACGUCAUGGUGUGGAUGGUCACCCUGAUUGGGUACACCAUGGGUAUUCCUGACAGCAUUAUGGGAAUCACCUUCCUCGCUGCCGGCACCAGUAUUCCAGACGCAUUUGCCAGUCUCCUCGUCGCCAAGCAAGGUCAAGGCGAUAUGGCGAUAGCCAACAGCAUCGGUAGCAACGUCUUUGACAUUUUAAUAGGACUGGCGCUCCCAUGGCUCAUACAGACUGGAAUGGUAGAGCCUGGUUCAAUUGCAUAUAUUAACAGCGGCGGGUUAGUCUGGUCGGUUGUGCUGUUGUUCCUCACCAUCGUUAUUACAAUCUACGCGAUCCAUCGCAGCCUGUGGCUGCUCACACCCCGGCUGGGAGUCUUCCUCCUGGUCGUGUACGUCAUCUUCCUCGUCUUCUGCAGUGCCGUCGAGUUCAACCUCCUGGGUUACGUCAACCCGCCUAUGUGUGACGAAUGAGCACACCCAUGGUGAAAGUACUCUGUCAACGCUGUAUGAGCUUCGUCAGCCAAUGUUUAGCCUCUCGGCGUUCAGUGUUCAUGUGUGUGGAGGUCUCACAGGUUGUGACUUACGAUGCCACAACCUGCCAGCCGAAUGAUGGCGUGCUAAUGUUAAGCCGGCCAGCAUAACGGCUUGUCUUCGAGUUGGUGAUUCCAUACUCGAGUUGUCCAUACCGUGUCUCUGUUUCCUUUUGGCAAAAAAAUUAGGACAGUAAAUGUCGGUCAAAAUAAAACCGAAACAAAGACGAUUCGGCCGAUAUAGGAAAUGCGGAAAAUAUCGCAUUGACAAAUCGCCUCUAGGUUUCCGACAAUUUAAAGCGCCACUCAAAAAAAAAAAAAAAAAAGAGACAUCUAUAUUAUUUUCUGUGAAAAACGAAAAAAAAAAUGCCGUUUGUGCUUUGUAGGAACUGGCUGUUCUUCAUAAGUUUCGGUUUCGAGUUAAGUGACGUCAUCAUGCGCGUUCGUCUCCUAGAGACGGCGCUCGUGAGCAACAGUGUUGCCAGGCGGGAUUCAGAUCGUACGUCAAUCAUACCGUUUUAUUAUGAGAAAUUAAAAUUUUAUGUAACUCCCGCGUCACAUUGGACAGACGAGAUUUUGCGAGAACAGCAAUGCGAGACAUGCGGGACUCAGUGACAUGAAUUAAGUAGGUUUCUGCUCGUUGUGCGAUUACCCGAGUUUCGUCGCUUCGAGUCCUGCACGCUAGUUACGAUGAAUAUUUAACCACAUAUAUCGUUAUCAAGCUAGUUCACAUUCAUGGAACACAUCUUACAUUCAUGACACGCAUUUCGGACAACCUUGAUGUGGAGUAAAAAAAAAAAAAAAACAUCAAUUUCUGCUUCUUUAUCAUGCGCAUCCCAAAGUCAUGUCUUCGCACCGUAGUGUUCAUGUUCAUCCGCGACAGCGCUGGGCGUGUCAAGAAAAAAACGUGAGGUUCCCAGAGCUGCAAGAAAGUAAUAGACCUCCCCCUGUUUGUAAACAAAUGACGUCAUAGUGUUCGACAGCGCCACCAAUUUGGUAGAGUUGAAGUACGCUGAAAGCUAGUGGGCGAGCAAGGUCGCACCCGAAAGCCACGGUCUUGAGGGGAUUACGAUGGUCUCUGAAAGGGACGCAACCUUCGGUCCUACUUUUCUUUCAAUAGGAGGCAGCGAACAAGUGUCCAUUCGGGGAACCCAGCUUUCCCCUUCAGAUUUGUUUCGGUUUCAGUCUGUCUACCAACGUGAUGGUGACGUUUCUCGGGUAAAGAUCUAUAAGAACUCUCCGGAUGUCUGCUCUGGCACAGAGGUGUAAUUCGGCGGCCCUUCAGUUAUUCAUAGCUGGUGAGUUGCUAGCAGACGACGGCCCAUAUCGUGCUGCCGCCUAGGAGCAGCGCUAGGUGCAGUGCUGGACGAAACAUCGUGUUCCGUAAACUUUUCUACAGCACUGUACCAAACACUUGCUGUACCUUCGGUUUGUUGAACAGCUCGGAAAGUGCACGUUUUUGCAUAACAUAUACAAGUACCAACUACCCCUUAUUCCCUGGUGUACCACAUUAUAAUCUGCAGCGUUUUCUUGCACACAACACACAUCCGUUGCACACCUAUGCCGAAGCGGAUGUUUCAGUUGCUGUUACCUUCUUGCAGCUGUGACAACCUCGACGUAGACAGUAUUCUCAGGUUCAGAGUCAAAGGUAGUAGCCGCUUGUAAAGGGUAUUUAACCGCCAAUCCUUUUUGCCAUAUGAAAUCAAAGUAGGCAUCAAUCCGGCCUUCUAUUAUUUGUGAAUAUGUCAGUCAUCGUGAGACUCGAAAAUCAAAACUGUUAUGCCAUCCACUGCGCAUGUAGUUGGACAAAGUGUUUUUGCAUCUAAGGUGCAGUGAACUGAUAGCUUUCGUGCUCGUACAAGUGUCUUUCCCGGAGGUGUUCUGCCGAUACAACCCACACAAUCAUACUGGAAACCACGCACUUAACAAUCACGCCCACUGCACUGUAGCAGUGAUGCAAUAAUUUGUAGCACGCAAACGCAAUCAAAUGUUCGAUGCAAACAAGAAUCUAAUACAAUCGUCUCCACAAGAGAUGCUUGACAGCUCUUCUGUGGUGAUUAUAACUCGUCAGCGCAGAUUAUCCAUAGUAGUGUGGAGGCAAUGGAAUUAUCCAAAGUACCUUCGACGCAAUAGCAUAAUGCGUAAAGCCCAAACCGGUAACGUCUGUAGCUCGCUCAGACUUCUGAGCUGUUGAGCUCUGGACUUCUACUCAAAAUACCCCACCUUCACUAAGGUUAACACCCCAAAUUCAUCAAAUAACCAUGGGAAGAAAUCAUUUUCCGUGUAUUCACACGAGCGACGUACUCACGGAAGAUUCUAGCGGAAGAAAAGAGCGAAAUCACUGCUUACAGAGCCGAAGUUCCAUCCCGCGUUGUGUUGAGCAUUCAUACGGUGCGGAAUACCGGGAGUGGCGUAUUGCGCAUUUAGCAGACGACACUUAGCAGACGACGCCAUCAGCGUCUUUUCCUGUCGUCUGCUACGGAAUAUCUUGUGGCUGUGGCGCAGGAUAUUCCCCACGGUUAGCAGUGUACGUGUGAAGACACGACGCUGAGCGCUCGCGCUAACGUGACAGCAGAAAGCUAUGACGUUUUUCGCAUCUUCCGCUUCCGCCAGAUACUGUAAUCCGUCAUACUCACUGUGCUUCUGGACCGAGCUGGAACGUUCUACAGACAUCCAGGUGACAUUGUUUUAAGGCACCACAAGUAUCAAAGUGUCACGACCCCUUUAACUAACUACAGAACUUUCAUGCUAGAGCCAUUUAUAUCCCGACAUUUUGCCGACCACCGACGAUCCAUUUUUAGGCUUAGAUGGACAAUCUAGAUCUUUGGCAAUAGAAAUGACAAAUAGUGGUCGACGAUAGAGCAAGUACUUUCACUAGAACUCAGUUCUAGUGCUCCAUGUCACCUAGCAAACUUCAAUCGAAACACAAUCACUCACGAACAAUGCGCGUCAUUUCAUUUAAGAAAUAGCGCGAUUACCUUUCCUGUCCAGACAGUGCGAGAAUAUUAAAUGUGACGUCUGAGUCUUUGUAAGGGGUUUUUGUUACGCGGAGCGCCGAUUGGUUGCGUUCCGUGACGCCACGAGCCUCCUCCAAUGAAGGCUCAGCGUGACAUUAAGACACGUGACAGGCGUCUUAGUGCGUGAAACUAACCACGGCGCAUCUCCCGUAAGAACACGAUACUACUUACUACUACUAUACUAUACUACUACUAUAUACUUUGCUACGACAAUACUAUUUCAAUGUACUGGCGAGAGUGCUUCGGCAGAACACCUCUUCGAACCAACCUUCCUGUUAUCCAAGGUCUUUCAUUUUUGCUGUGCCAAUCCUCAGAGUUGGUAAAGAUAAGAUAAUGCUGCAAAGUAAAUGUCUAAAAACAAAUCGUGAUAUUGCAUACUGCUGGGCUUUCAGGGCGGUGGGAACUGCCACCCAAUAUAGAUAGACAUUUAAAGUCAAAGAUUAGAUACAUAUAUAUAUCUAUAUACAUAUGUAAUGAUAAUAAGGUUGCACAGAUUGAAACUGGGAGGAUUUUUAAACAUUCAAUAGCUGUACCGUGAGAGUUCCUGACGUAUUCGUAGAGUGUAUCCUUAUCAGCUGUACUGGUUCAAGGUACAAAACCCAUUCACACAAAAAUUAGUUUUUUUUUUAUGCAUUAACUUAGCCGGGGAACCUCACAGUGCUCUUUAGGAACGUCUUCUACACCGUCUGGAAAAGGAACUGUAAAGUUACUGAAUUUUUUUUUUUUUUAAUGCUUCGACAGUACCCUUGUAGCAGUAGUUCGAACGAUAAAAGCUUCUGAUACAGGAGCAAGCUGUCAAAAUAUACAGUGAAUAUGAUGGGUACGGAUAUGUGCUUUUCGUAGAACUUUCCCGGAUAGUACAGUUACACGCAUAAUACUUUCCGCAUUCCACGUAAACUGUACCAUCGAGGUUUCCGUCGUACGGGACGUGCCACCUAAGCUGUACAACCUUACGAUGGGAUACGGGGCGGUCACCCGUAUAGCUCCCGUAUAGGAUCCUCCCUCGGUUCCCAAACGUUAUUCGCGGAUUUUAGAACCGUGAUGGCAAUACUGCUUUCCGUAAUACUUUUUUCCCGGCGGUGUAAGAUCACCUGACCAGUGCUAUGUGUGUGCAUGCGUGUGUGUGUGUGUGUGUGUGUAAUACGGAUAAGUACGGCUAUAUAGACCCAUUAUUUCUUCUAGAGAAGUGACCGAGAGAAAUAGAAUUUUUGGUGCAUAUUGAUAUUGUUGUAAUAAAAGCAAACGUUUUAUUCUA